GAAAUUUUUAUUUUAAAGUUAAUCAAUUAUUGAUUAAUUUAUAUAUAAAUUAUAUUUCUUAAUAUUUUUUAAAUUUAUAGAUAAAAAAUAAGGACUGUUCUGCUGGAAUGAAUGAAUAAAAUUUUGAGCUGUUUUUGUUUUAAAUUGUGAUUGUGUAUUAAAAUAUCCGGAGCCGAACUAAAAGUAUUUAACAUUAUCCAGACCCCACCCCACCCCCAACCCCAUCCCCACCCCCAAAACUUUGCCUUUAUAUAGAAGGAAUGCGAGUGUAGUCAAAUAAACCCAUAAUCACCAUGACUUCAUCAAGUUCUAGUCUCCCUCAUUCUUCCCCGCUCCCACUAUCCCAACAGCUUCAACUCAUCAAGGAACUCCAAAUCUUCAAAAUCCAAGGCUCCGACAGGCGCGGCCGCCCCCUUCUCCGCAUCAUCGGCAAAUUCUUCCCUGCGAGGCUUGUGAGCGUAGAGGCAGUGAAGAAGUUUCUAGAAGAUGAGAUCUUCCCGGAUCUGGAGGGCCGGGCGUUCUCGGCGGUGUACGUGCACACGGAGGUGAACAGGGGCGACAACUUCCCCGGGAUAUCGGCGUUGAAGAGCAUAUACGACGCCGUUCCGGCCAAGCUCAGGGACAAUCUCGACGCCUUCUAUUUCCUUCAUCCGGGCAUCCAGUCCCGCCUCUUCCUCGCCACCUUCGGCCGUCUCCUCUUCGGCGGCGCCGGCUACGCCAAGGUCAAGUAUGUCGCUAGAUUGGAGUUUCUGUGGGAGCACGUGCGCCGGAAGGGGGCGGAGAUGCCGGAGUUCGUGCACGAUUUUGACGAUGAGAUGGAGUGGCGCCCCACCACCGUCGAUUACGGCCUCGAGAGCGAUCAUCCUGCUAUAAUGCCUACCUUUGAUUCUACGGUUUCUACCUAUUCUAUGAGGUGUAUUGCCUAGAUUGCUACACUUUUUUUCUUUUUUUUGGUUUGUUGGUGAGGUUGUGAGAUAUGUAGAACUAUACCUCCAGCAAAUGAUGUAAAGAUGAAGAAAGCCCUUUGUUAUUGAACAGAAAAAAAAUAAAAAUCUACGAGUUGAGAGUAAGGGCAACAGUUUGCUGAA